AUGGCCUUGGGCGCUCCGGCCGCUUGCAGGUUCCUGCUGCUACUAUUGCUCUGGUCGCUGCCGCAGGUGGCGCUGGGCUUCACAGACGACAGCUGUGAUAACUCGGACCAGUGCCCACCCCAGGCCCGCUGGAGCAGCCUGUGGCACGUGGGGCUCAUCUUGCUAGCUGUCCUCCUCCUGCUGCUGUGUGCCGUCACAGCCAGCUGCGUCCGGUUCUGCUGCCUCCGGAAGCAGGCACAAGCCCAGUCACACCUGCUGCCAUCCAGGCAGUCCUGUGAUCUGACAGUCAUCCCCGUGGACAGUGAUAGCCCCGUGCACAGCACAGUGACUUCCUACAGUUCCUUUCAGUAUCCGCUGGUCAUGAGGCUGCCCCUGCCCUUUGGGGACCUGGACCCUGAUACCGUGGCUCUGCCUGCCUACAGCCUGUAUGUCCUGGAACCGCCUCCUUCUUAUGAUGAGGCAGUCAAGACAGCCAAGCCCAGCCACCAAGAGCCAGCCCCAUCCCCGAGGCCCAGCCCCCUCCCCGGGGUCUUGGACCUAGAGGCCACUCCAGUGCCCCAGGAAACAGCCCCCAGUGCCCAGCCCCCGCUGCUGUAG